AUGGAUCACCCAAAAAACAACAAAGAUAAGCGGGGACGUGGCCAAGGCCAAAGUCGCGAUGUUCAAGUCUCCAAAGCAUUAAGCUUGCUUCUGCGACAUGCCGCUGAGAAGGAAGGGCUGAAGAUGAAUGCGCAGGGUUAUGCGAGCGUGUCGGACGUGUUAAAUUGGAGGAAACUCAAAUCGCUAAAAGUCACCUUCCCCGAGAUCCUACACGCCGUCGACUCGUCCGAUAAAAAGCGCUUCGCCCUCCUCCACAUUCCAUCCGCACAACCCACCAAAUCCACAACCCAAGCAACAACAACACCAGCAACAUCCCCGGAUGCAGAGCUCGAAGUCGGCUCUAUCGUGGGCGAAGAGCAGCCCGAGACAUCCGUCCUGGAAUCCGCACCCGCCACAAGCGAAGCCCAACAAUCAGCCACCGACCAAGCAUUAUCCGUGAAAGAUACCGACCCGUCGAACUUUUUAAUUCGCGCGACCCAAGGUCACAGCAUCAAGACCGUAGACGCUGCCUCAUUUCUUGAGCCGCUUUCUUUGUCCGACGAAUCGAAACUACCCGAUACCGUCGUCCACGGCACGUUCCACGCGACCUGGCCUGCGAUUCUACAAUCCGGUGGACUACGCUGUAUGGGUCGGAAUCAUGUUCACUUCGCUACUGGCCCGUCAUUAGAGUCCGUGCUUGCUGUCCACGCUGUUGAUACCGCGCAAAGUAAAUCGAAGCCCGACGACUCCCGGGUCAUCUCGGGCAUGCGGCGGGAUGCGCAGGUUUUGAUUUAUAUCGAUGUGCGCAAAGCACUGAAGGCAGGAGUACCGUUCUGGCGCAGUGAGAACGGGGUCAUUCUUAGUGAGGGCAUACCUGUCACGAAGGGUGGGGCUGGAAAGGGCGAGGCGCAGAAGUUCGUCACGUUGGACUUUUUCGAUGUGGUAGUGGAGCGCAAGGUUGGACUGGGUAAGAUCUGGGAGCAUGGGGAGGUUCUGCAGGAACUCCCGGAGACUCUCACGAAAAAAGGAAAUCCCAAAGGCCGGCGAUGA